UGAUGAUGAUGAUAAUUUGAACAUGGAAUUUUUGUCAAAAAGUGGAAUUUACCAUUUUGCAUGGAUCCGAAAUUUAUCUCGACUGCUAAGUUCUCAAAUUUCAAAACAUAACGGUCAUAUUAGACUGUGCGAUAGAUGCUUGUGCCAUUUUCAAACUGAAAACUCUUUCGAAAAACAUAAACUCGAUUGUGCGAUUAUAAAUAAGUGUAGAGUGAUUUUGCCAAAUGAUGAGGAAAAAUUGCUGAAGUUCAAAAAUUACAAGUAUCAAGAAAGUGUACCGUUUGUCAUUUAUGCUGAUAUCGAAUGUAUGUUGAAACCAGUUGUAAAUGCGUCCAAAGCAUCAAACACGAUACUGUACCAAAAUCAUGUUCCACACAGUAUCGCAUAUUACCUCAAGUGCGCCUUCGACGAGUCUUUAUCCAAAUUCAAAAGUAAUCGUGGAAAUAAUUGUAUCGAGUGGUUUAUGGAUGAACUGCAGGAAUUAGCACGAUCUUUAGAAAUUUAUCAUAAACGUAUUGUACCCAUGGAACCACUGAGUCUCGAACAGACGCAACAAUUUAAUUCCGCAAAGAUCUGUCAUAUUUGUGAGAAACCAUUCACAUUGCAAGAUGUCAAGCAUCACGAUCAUUGUCAUUUUACAGGCAAAUUUAUGGCGAGCAGCAUUGAAAAAUUAUCCUCCUAUCUUAAUGAUUCCGAGAAAAUCAUUACACAUAAACAUUGUGACAAUGCGGAGAAAUUUAAACUGUUAACGAGGAAAGGUGUAUUUCCAUACGACUAUGUUGAUUGUUGGGAAAAACUCGAAGAGACGCAAUUACCAUCGAAAGAAAUUUUUUUUUCGCAAUUGAAUAACGAGGAAAUUUCUGAGAGUGACUAUGCGCAUGCGUGUAAUGUUUGGUGUACGUUUAAUAUUAAAACUUUGGGUGAAUAUUCCGAUUUGUAUCUAAAAACCGAUGUUUUACUUUUGGCUGAUAUUUUCGAAAAUUUUAGACGCAACUGCUUCUCUACGUAUAAGUUAGAUCCUUUGCAUUAUUAUACCGCACCCGGACUUGCUUUCGAUGCUAUGCUCAAUUGUACGGGCGUUGAAAUGGAACUCCUCGAUGAUGUAGAAAUGUUAUUGUUUGUCGAGCGAGGUAUCCGUGGCGGCAUAGCCCAAUGUUCUAACAGAUACGCCAAGGCUAACAAUAGAUAUAUGGGCGCGGAUUUCGAUCCAACCAAAGAAGAAUCAUACCUCAUGUACUAUGAUGUCAAUAACUUGUACGGUGCAGCUAUGAGUCACUUCCUACCGUUAAACUCGUUCGAAUGGGAACAAAAUAUCGAACAACUGGAUAUUUGUAAGAUUCCCAAUAAUUCCACUAUAGGACAUAUACUUGAAGUAGAUUUAGAGUGCCCCGCGGAGCUUCAUGAAGUUUAA